ACCUCUCUCUCUCUUUCGCUUUCUAUCUCCUAGAAAAAUGUCAGUCAACCAUUACUCCACAGACCACCACCACACUCUCUUGUGGCAACAGCAACACCGCCACACCACCGACACAUCGGAGACAACCACCACCGCCACAUGGCUCCACGACGACCUAAAAGAGUCACUCUUCGAGAAGUCUCUCACACCAAGCGACGUCGGCAAACUCAACCGCCUCGUCAUACCAAAACAGCACGCAGAGAAAUACUUCCCUCUCAAUGCCGUCGUAGUCUCCUCUGCUGCUACUGACACGUCAUCGUCAGAGAAAGGGAUGCUUCUAAGCUUCGAAGACGAGUCAGGCAAGUCAUGGAGGUUCAGAUACUCUUAUUGGAACAGCAGUCAAAGCUAUGUCUUGACUAAAGGAUGGAGCAGAUUUGUCAAAGACAAACAGCUCGAUCCAGGCGACGUCGUUUUCUUCCAACGACACCGUUCUGAUUCCCGGAGACUCUUCAUUGGGUGGCGCAGACGUGGCCAAGGCUCCUCCUCUGCCGCAGCCACUAACUCCGCCGUGAAUACGAGCUCUAUGGGAGCUCUUUCUUAUCAUCAACUCCACGCCACUAGUAAUUACUCUAAUCCUCCCUCUCACUCAGAGUAUUCCCACUACGGAGCCGCCGUAGCAACAGCGACUGAGACUCACUCCACACCGUCGUCUUCCGUCGUCGGAAGCUCAAGGACAGUGAGGCUUUUCGGUGUGGAUUUGGAGUGUCAAAUGGAUGAAAACGACGGAGAUGAUUCUGUUACCGCUGCCACCACCGUUGAAUCUCCCGAUGGUUACUACGGCCAAAACAUGCAAGAGAUAUCUAGUCAGACAAGGGACUCUAAGCCUGAUCCAAAGGCUGUUUUGGGUUAAGAGAACCCAUUGCUCAGAUACUAUAGGUAGUGAGACGGCUAUAGCUUGAUUAUGACUUAUGAGUGUAAUAGAAAAGCAAAUUUCCAUUCUACAAUCAUUUAAGUGGAUGCUUUGUCAAAAAGAAGCUGUCGAAACUAUCUGCGUAAGGCACCAAUGUAGUAAAGCUAAAUCUUGAUU